AUGGAUAGCGUCAGCGUAGCGACGCGUGAGAUCCUGGGAAAUGGCCUGUUGCGCCGCGGUUGGGUUCGGCAUGGUCGGGCGUACGGCGUCGAACGGGGAGGACUGGCUGGUCCGUCUGGCGUUCUUCGACUUCGCCGGCGCUCGGGCACCCUUCCCCGACGAUUUCGCGGAGCGGUGUCUGGCCGUCGAGCCUGGAUUCUACGUGGUCGGCGACGAGCCCGAGGACACCCUGGCCGAGCUGAGCUGAGCGGCCCAUGA